UGAUCGAGUUGAAGAUGGAGGAGAACUCAACUCACCUCACCACCUUGCCGGAAUCCACCACACCGACGGCCAGAAUCAUCUGCGAUAUUCUCUUCCGUCAAUCCCCCCACCAAAUCUGCCCCGCCCUCGCUUCCACCGGAAUCGUCCCCACUCUCGACGUCGUCAUCGAAGUCCUCAACCUCUCCUACCACUACCCCUUCUCCGCCGUCAAGUUCUUCCAGUGGGCCUCCGCCGCCCACCACCGCUCCCCCGCCGCCUGGAACCUCAUCGUCGACCUCCUCGGCCGCAACCGCCUCUUCGAUUCCAUGUGGGACGCCAUCCGCUCCAUGCGCGACCAAUCCACCCUCUCCCCCGCCACCUUCUCCUCCGCCUUCUCCAACUACUCCGCCGCCGGCCAGUUCACCGACGCCGUCAUGACCUUCCAGGUCAUGCCCAAGUACGGCGUCCCUCCCCGCGUCGCCGCCGCGAACUCUCUCCUCGCCGCCUUGUGCGGCGGCCACGACGGCGGAGUUUCGAGGGCGGUGGAGUUUCUGGAGACGAUGAAGGCGAGCGAGGAGUUCGGCCCCGACGGGGACUCGUUCGGCAUUUUGUUGAAAGGUUUGGAGAAGGAGGGAAACUCGGCCAAGGCGAAGACGGUGUUUGGUGAGAUGGUGGUGAGAGUUGGGUGGAGCAAGGCCUACACGUCGGCUUACGACGCCUUCUUGUCGACGCUGCUGAGGGCCGAGGAGGUGGAGGAGGCUGUCAAGUUCUUGGGAGUGAUGAACAGGAAUGGCUGCUCCCCAAGUUUGAGCUUCUUCUCCAAACUUGUUGAUACACUUGUGAAGAAAAGGAGUGCCAAGAAUGGUGUGUUGGUUUGGGAUAUUAUGGUUGGUAAUGGCUUGAUGCCUAAUUUGGCAAUGUACAAUGCGAUGAUCGGAUUAAUGUGCGAUUGUAAUGAGGUGGAUCGCGCUUUUGGGCUGCUUGAUGAGAUGGUGUUCAAUGGUGCUUUCCCUGAUUCUGUUAGUUACAAUGUUAUAUUCAAGUGUUUGAUUAAGAACAAUAGGGUCCGCGAGGCAGGGAAGUUCUUUGUGGAGAUGGUGAAGAAUGAGUGUCCACCUACGCAUUUUAAUUUCGCUGCGGCUAUCACCAUGUUUUUCGAUGGGGAUGACCCUGAAAUGGGGGUCGAGAUUUGGAACUUUAUGGUCGAAAACCGUGUGGAGCCGCUUGAUGUUGCUGCCAAUGCUUUGCUUUUGGGUCUUUGUAAGUUAGAUAGGUUGUCGGAGUUGAAGAGGAGUGCUGAUGAUAUGCUGGAUAGGAGGAUUAGCAUUUAUGAAUCGACUAUGGCGAGCUUGAAGACGGUCUACUAUAAGGAUGGGAGAGGUGCAAAACAUAAAUAUGAUGGCUUGGCAAGGAGGUGGAAGACCUCGUUGGCUCGCUAGGGAUUCUGACUUCAGUUACAUGGUUUGAUCUGUAUAGAAGCUCUGCUCUUUUGGGUGUAGAUGAUCUCACUGGUUCACAAUCAGGUUUUGUUCUUUUGUUUAAGUGAAAACAAUGUAAUUAACUAGUGUUCAGUUCAAAAUUUCCUCUCUUUUCUUGUUUUUACCUUUGUUUUCAUUUUGCUUUUUAUGAUAUAUUUUAAAGUGUGAUAUUGUUCCUCCA